AUGAUAGUAAAUGGUACAUCUGAUAAAGUUUUAUAUUGUUGCUUUCCAUCUUACUUCGACGGUCCUGCACUUGAUUGGUUUUGUUCUUUGCCUGCAGGUUCUAUUUCUUACUUUCGAGACCUAUCAAAGCCCUUUGAGGAGCACUUUGCUGGAUCAGCCAUUUACCUACAUGACUCCGAUUACCUGAAUACAAUCAGGCAAGGCCAGCAAGAAAGCCUCAGGGAUUACAUGACGUGCUUCACAAAGAUAGCCAUGAAUAUACCCGACCUCCACCUCGAGGUGGAACUGCACGCAAUAAAAAGCGGACUGCGACCAGGAAAAUUCCAGGAAACUAUUGCUAUAGCCAAACCUAAGACUAUGGCUGAGUUCCGUGAAAAGAAUAAAGGACAGAUCGACAUCGAGAAACUCCGACAAGCUUGGAAAACAGAAAAGCCUCACUACAGAGAUGACGACAAAAUGCGAGACAACAAGAAGAAUUUCAAACCAACUCCACGAUAUGAGUCCUACACUAAAUUCAACACCAAGCGCGACGACAUCAUCAAGGAGAUCUUGAAUUCAAAAUUAAUCAAGCCACCAAGAAAAGCCAGCAGUUACCCAGAUUCAAAAGGCGCGGACCGAUCAAAAUAUUGCUCUUUCCACUGGAAGCACAGCCACACUACCGACGACUGUGUCAUCGCCAAAGACCUACUGGAGUGA